UCCUGCCGGCCUCUCAGUAGAGGAUGUGUCUGGGAGAGAGAGUGUGUGUGAGGGAAAAGAGGAAAGCCAUCAGUAGAAUGGAUAUGUGCCCUCUCUCCUAUACCCUUUCUCCUUCUUCUUCUUCUUCACCUCCUCCUCCUCCUCCUUCCUCCUCCUCUUCUUCUCCUGUGGCUGCAGCCGGCUGUGUCAGAGCUGCUGCACCCCGGCCGCCCUCAGCACCGGCCCUCAGGGAAGAGGACACUCGACAGACAGGCAGGCGUCUGAAAACUCAACUUCAAUGUCAGCCGGGGCUCGCAGUAAUGGUGGUGACAAACCAGAAGAUGCAGGGUUGCCGGUUGCGGUGUGGCCAGAGGUGGAGCAGGCCGAGCAUCUGGCCCGGGGCGCUGCCCUCAAGUGGGCAUCGGGGGUUUUCUGUCGGCCUGAGCACCUGGAGAGACUGAGCCAGUACAGGAAGCGAGAGAGCCAGAGGACGACCUCCAUCCACUCCAGACUCAAGUCUGUGGUGCAGUCGUACCUGGAGGGGGUGGGCUGGGGUCUGCAGCAGCUGCGGGAGGCCAGGACGGAGCUGGAGGAGGUGUCCCACGCGCUGAGGAAGGCCGGACUGGAGGCCCGACGAAACGCAGACGGGGUCAAGUCUCUGGAGACGCUGAGGGAAAUCUCUUUCCACCACUGCCAGCUCCUUGCUGCUGUCAGCAACCUGCCACGGCUUUACUCUGUGCGUGGCAUGGUGCUGGAGACGGAGCGCCUGGUGGAGUCCCGGCGGCUCCUGGAGGCCCACGCCCGGCUCAUGGAUCUGGAGCGCUGGCAGGACGACAUCCUCUGGCAGCUCCAGGGAGAAGCAGGGAAUGCUGGGACGGCGGGGAGUGCCCUCAGCCCCGAGGACGAGGAGCUCGUGACCAAAUAUUUCUCUGGCGUUGGUCGACUGGUAGAGGCACUGGGCAAGGAGUUGUGGGCGGUGGUGAGCAGCAGUUUGGCUCUGGCACGACAAAACCCUACGCCUUUUGUGUCGGCGGUUAGGAUCGUGGAGCGCGAGGAGGCUCUCGACGAAGCCCUGCUGGAGGAGCGAGGGCAGGGCAGGGGCCAUGGCCGACCCCUGCCCCCCGGGAGACCCCGCUGCUGGAGACGACGCUUCUUCCAGGUGUUAGAGGAGGCGGUUUCUGCUCGCUUUCGCAGUGUGUCCUACCUGCACACUCGUGGUCCGGGGCUGGCGGGCCACCUCUCCGCUCUCCAGCACAGCAUCAUGGCUGACCUGGCCACAGUGCGCCACCUGCUGGAGCACUGCGUCCCGCCACACUACCGGCUGACAGGAGCCUACCUGAGGGCCAGCCACCGCUGUUUACAUGCUCACCUGGCACAGGUUAGCAGCUGGGAGCUGGAGAGCGGAGAAAUCUUUGCCAUGCUCAACUGGGUGCUGCACAUCUACAACAGCCCAGACAUGAUGGGCCAUCCUGAGCUGGUGGUGGAGAUGCAGAGAGAGGAGCUGGGACCUCUCAUCUCCUUUGAGGGACUGGAUCAGCUACAGAACAAAUAUGUGCAAAGUGUUCGGAAGAGUGUGUCAGAGUGGAUGCACAAGGCUUUAGAGGUGGAGCUGACAGACUGGCAGAGAGACCAGGAGCCCGAUACAGACCAUGAAGGCUUCUACCAGACCAGCCUGCCCACUAUUAUCACACAGAUGCUCGAGGAGAACGCACGAGUGGCUCUGAUGAUCGGAGAAUCCCUCCGAGAUGGGACCAUACAGAUGGGACUGUAUGAAAUGGAGAACCUCCUAAACAGGUUUCGCGAGGCUCUGGUGGAGUUUGGGAAGGAGCAUCGCAGAGAUCCAAGCAACAACAAAAACAAGUUCUACCUCCACUACCUGCUGGCAUCCAUCAGUAACUGCAUCAUCCUCAAGACGUCCACAGAGAGCCUGCAGCAGCAGCGGUCGUCCCGGUCAGCAGGCCAGUUCUCCCGGACGCCCCCCAACCCGCUGGCAGCUCUGGACCGGGCGGUGAGACGGGCCUGUCGCCUGGUGAUGGAUCAACUCCUGCUGGACCUUCAGCCCUUUCUCCAAGGCCUGCUGACCCGAUCCUGGCUGGUCCAGGGCGACCCCACUCCCAAACUCUGCCAGGUCCUGGAGCGUCACCUGGACCUGUACGGUCGGGUGCGGCCGCCCUGCCGGCAGCGUCUGCAGGAGGAGUCCCAGUGGCUGCUGGUGGUGGAGUACGUCAGGGCUCUGAUCCAGAAGAGGCUGGUGUGUCGCAGCGCUGAGGAGAGGCGGCAGCUGGCCCAGCGGAUCAUCCAGGACGACCAGCAGUUCAGAGAGAUCUUCCACGGCCUGGAAGGUGAGGGGUCGGUGCCAGAAGUGAACCCUUUGGCCUUACUGCCGGUCCUCGCCGACUUCAUCCGACUCAAAGACGCCAACAUGCUCACUCUGGAGGUGUCCGGACUGGCCGCAAAAUAUCCUGACAUAAGUGACGAGCACGUGUCUGUGCUGCUGGACAUCCGGGGCGACGUCUCCAGGGACGUCAGAGCGACCAUCCUGGACCUGCUGGAGCAGAGCACCGCCCCUCUCCCAGCGGGGUACCGGCCCAUCUUCACCGACAUCCUGGUUCCUCCCUCCUCCAUGUCCUUCUGCCUGCCCACGGCCAAGUGUGCCUGAACACAGAGACUCAAAGUGUGGCCUGCCAGUCAGCUGGGGUCAGCCACGAUCCCUCGGCUCCCUGUCUCAUUACAACAGCCAGGGAUUUAGUUUCACUUGCCAGCAGUCAAAUGCUGGUAAAUUCAGCCGUAGCUAAUAAGUUUAUCAAUGCUUCACUGGAUCACACUGGGAUCUGCUGCUGCUCAGGACGCUCCGGGACGUCCGCAGCAGCUGUAGAGGAAGGGCAGCGUGCUGUUCCUUUACUUUCCACGCCGACAUUUUUAUGGGAAUUCAAAACCUUCUGCUCACAAACACUUUUAAAACCUUCUGGCUGCGGCUGCCAGCCUAGCAUCAGCUGAAAGUUACUUUGGAGCAAAACUUAUUACUUUAUUAAGUUACUGCUCUUAAAUAGUAACUGGUUACUUUACUUAGUUACUCUUUAUUAAAAGUAACUCGUUGAAGUACUUUGAGAUACGACGACCAGCAGCUCUGACAGUUGGUCAGUCGGCUCACAAAUAUUUCCCCACCCCUCUGUGGGUGGACUGCUGGGAGGCUGAAAUGUGGCGUGGAGGUCAGGUGUUUGUGUGUGGACAGCAGAGGCAGAGGGAGCGGCCUAUCAAACCAUCAGACACACUUCCAAAUGGAUUCACAGAGCUUGCUGUUGAGAGUUUGUGGAAAUACUGAUCAUGAGCGGACAGCUGAUGAACUGGCAGGGAGGGGGUGUGGCAGUUGGCAUGGCUUGAUAACAAAGAAGUAAAGAACAUCUGAACAGAUCCACGUAGUAUGGCCAAACUUUGUAGAAAGACACACACACAAAGACACACAGACAGACAGAUAGACAUACACAAACACACACAGACACUUUCCCUGGUGACAGUUUGCCCCACCCCCUACACUUUAGCCACACCCCCUUUCAUAACGUAUGACCUGUUUGCUGUAGACUCUUGUGCACCAGGUGUGUUUAGUCCGGCCGUCUCGUUCUGCUGUUCCAACAGUUCGCUGGUCCACAUGUGUCAUGCCAAGUGUUUGUGAGAUUGUGUGUGUGUGUGUGUGUGUGUGUGUGUGUGUGUGUCAUAUUUGUCAUAUUCACAAUUAAAAGCAGAUUACAGGUUCUUCCGACAAGACUCAACCUCUCUAUCUGGUUUCCCUCCACUCAGGCUCCUCAUUGCUUGCACCACACCACAGAGCACGUCACCGAAACCCUGUCACAUAUCUUGAAUGGCUGCCAUGCUUACAGAGGAAUGUACAUAGCACGUCAUGAUAGAAUAGUGAAUCUUAUCGUGAAGGACAUAUCACAAUACUUCACAGUUUCAGUGAAAAUGCACACACAUACCCGUGUCAAUGCAUCCAUGUUCCAUCUCUGUAAUGACCAACAUAGCCUUUCACAACUGUCUGCUAAUACACCAGAUGUUGUCAUUGUUGAUGAGGAGUCCAGAAAAGUGUUUCUAUUAGAGAUAGCAAUCACCUUCGAUUCAAGCCUAGAGGAGGCCUUUAUGACGAAGGUCAUAAAAUACCAACCACUGAUAAAUACCAUCUCAGAGCUCGGCUUUAGGUGUAGGCUACUCGUUUUUAUUUUUGGCAGCCUUGGACAUGUUCACAGAUUGGUUGUCAGAGGUCUGUGUCUACUUGGUAUGCCCAAGAAGAAAGCUAAAAGGCUCUCCAAGUACUGUUCUGUGUCUGCGAUUAUUGGCAGCCGUCAUAUAUGGCAGAGACGCUGUUACCUGUACCCGUGACUGAUCUGCUCUGUAGGCAAAAGACACUGUCCAUCAUGUGCCUGUGUGUCUUAAGUCUGUGCCCUUAGUAUUUAUGUCCCUGCAUAUAUUGUUACUAAUGUGGGCGUAAAUAAAUGAUUAAAU